AUGAGUCAGCAGAGAUUACCAGGUCAAAAACCCGAUGAAGAUGUCGAAACAUACUUAGCCAGAAUUGAGCAGCGUGUUCAAGAGAAACUUGCUGCUGAAGGACAAGUCCCUGAUCGCUUUUCAACAUUAACAUCAAAAGGAACUUUCCGUGAAGAGCAUCCAAUCUACAGAACAACAAACAAUGACUAUGGUGCCAUGGAUAUGUCAGAAUACGAGCGUCCAGCCACUUAUAAGACUGUUUCUCGUCAAUUUACUGAAAAGCAGCACCUUGGAAUUAACUUCGAACACGGCGGCUUUAACCUUUAA